AUGCCACUGCCGCAACCGUUGCGUGGCCGACGCGAGGAAGAUGAGACCAGCAGUGACAACCUCAGCGUUGCCAGCGGUGGUAGCUGCACCUUCAUCCCGUUCGCCAUGGUGGAGCCGACCACGACCGAUAAGUCCAUACGUGCACCCAUCCUCAAUUCGGCAAACCGAUCAUGUGUCGAAGUCAACUUCAACAGCGCUAUGUUUUCCAACAUCAACUUUGCCGGUGACAACAGCAAGACGGCGGCAUCGGUAGGUCUUGGACGGCUCACUGAGGUCGCUGAUGCGAGCGGCUCCGCCUCCGCCACCCCAGCGGCGGCCGCCGCGACGACCGCCACCGUGAACAUGAUGCCGGCCAUCAUCGGCUGCUUCAGUUUCACCUUUGGCACCGGCAUCUGCAGCUUCUACAGUCGCAUCUUUCAGGCGAAAGGGUUUUCCGCGUAUGAGAUCGGCAUCCUCGUCUCGGCGAACCCUCUCCUGAGCAUGACACUGCUUCCUGGGCUGAGCUACCUGGCCGACAAGUUCCGCUGUCAGACGACGAUGUCGCUCGUGAGCAUCUUCAUCUCGACCGUGUCCAUGUUUGGGUACACCAUCUCCGAAGGGCGCGUGCUCACCAUAGUGUUCUUCCUUGUCAUGACAGCCUCGCGCGUCGUGAUUGGCCCACUCCUUGACCAACGGAUCCUCAUGAUGUUUCCGAGGCAAGUGCGAUCCAGCGCGUGGAGCCACGUCCGCUCCUACGCGGCCUACGGCUGGGGCAUCGGGUCAUUUGUGGCGUCGCUCAUCUUCUCGUACACUGGCAACUGGGUGGCUGUGACCAUACAGUACCUUCUCGGCCAGGCCGGCUUGGCAUACUGCAUGGUGGUGAUAAAACCCUACGAGCGAAUCGAGCGUGUGCCUGUGAAGUUUGUGGAGGUGCUGAAGCUGCUCGGAAGCAACAAGCGGCUGAUGCUCUUCUUGUUUGCGUCGACGAUGAUGGGCACAGGGUACAGUUUCAUCGACAACUUUCUUUUUCUCUUGCUUGGCGAGUUGGGCGGGUCCGAGGUGCUGAUGGGCCUCACCGUCAUCCUCACCGUCAGUACCGAAAUUCCGCUCUUCCAACGGUCGGCUCAGCUGCACCAGAUGUUAACGGAGCGGCAGAUGAUGACCAUCGCCAUGAGUCUUUGGGCGUUUCGAGUGAUGUGCUACACCAUGCUAACCAAGGCGUGGAUGGUUCUGCUUAUCGAGCCCCUGCACGGUGUGACCUUUGCCUUGAUGUGGCUGCCGUCUGUGCACGUCAUCUCGCGCGCGUUUCCGCCAAAGCUGUCCAGCUCCGCCACCGGAUUACUCUUCACCUUCACGAGCGGCGUCGGCCCAAUGAUCGGCAACCUGCUCGCCGGCACCCUCUACACCUUGAUUGGGCCACGCAAGAUGUUCUUCUGCGCGGCUGUUACUAUGACGACUGCGAUGAUCUUCUUCCAGACUCUGGACCGUAUUCUUGAACUACGCGGCAUGCCAAUGGUGUACGAGCCGGAAGCGGAAGGAGAUGCGGCGUCCGACCUCGCCUUCGCGGCGAACAAAGACCAGGUCGAGACACAGCAAGCACGAAAAGAGAUAGCAUCGGUGUCUACCAACGAGCUCAAGAGCAGCGGUAGCCGGAGGAACGCCGCCGCACGUUCGACGAUCGCGCAACGCAUAAAGCUGAAGGGUACCGACGAAGGGCGCCAAAGGACCAUCGACGUGGCCGAGAGCGAACUACCAUCCUCGCUUCACAGCUGCGUCGAGGGCACAAAAGGCGUUUGA